UUUUAGUAGUAGAAUUUCCUUUAACGUCAGACGGCAUAGUUCGAAAAUUGUUAAGAAAAUAACAUCCACAAGUAUAGUAAAAUGUGGUUGGCAGGAAAUCUGUUCAAAGGAUCCAUAGCAAUCGGAUUCAGUCGUUUACUGCACCUCAAACGCAAGGAGGUUUAUAUGGAAUGCUUUCGCAUCCUGGGCGUUCACGAAACAGCCGAUCAGAAUACGGUGCGCCACGCCUACUUGGAUCUGGUGAAACGGGUGCAUCCCGAUUCGGGAACGGAGGAGGCCAGUGCCGAGCGCUUCCAGCAGGUGGACGAGGCCUUCCGUGUGCUGCAGGAGAAAUUUGCCAAAGGCCGGCGAAACAUCCAGGAGGACGAGGAGGAGGCCAUGGAGUUUGACAUCAAGCAUACGGCCCCGCAGCACCGGCAAUAUCUGUCCAACGAGGGCAUAGGAGUGGGCACUCCCUUUCAGCGGCAGAAGCAGUACCAGCAGGUGCGCGCCAUGAAGGCUCAGGAGCGCGUCCUGGAGCACCGCAUCGACAAGGCGGCGGCUGGAGAGAAAACAUUGAUGUCCAAGGGCGGCAGCCACUUUCGCAAGCAUGCCAUCAAGACCAAGUACGGUAUCGAUCGUGUGGUCGAGGAUCUCAUUCAGGAGGCCAUGUCCAAGGGCGACUUCAACAAUCUAAACGGGUCAGGAAAGCCACUGUCCUCGGCUCAGUCGCAGAAUCCGUAUCUGGACUUCACGACCCAUAAGUUGAACAAGAUUAUGUUGGACAACGGCUUCACGCCGGAAUGGAUAAGCCUGGGCAAGGACAUUCGCGAUGCGGUUGCCCAGCUGAAGACGAAACUGCGCCAGGAGCGAAAAUACUACGGCGAAUGGCCAUUGCAGCGUGCUGAGGAUCUGACAGCCUGGAAACUGUUUACCCGGAAUCACCAGGACGAUGUGCAGCAACUGAACAAGCUCAUCGACAAGUACAAUCUGAUUGUGCCCAUUCUGGAGAAUCAGUUCUUUCGCCUGCAACUCGACAGGAUGGCUGAACCCAUAUUUAAGGAUCCGGAAUUGCAGCGUAACGUAGUAAGACCCGAAGUGAGAGCUAAGCCCAGCAGCAAUCUGGAAAAUCAGGGGAGUGCUGGUACAAGUUUGUUUUCCCUAUUUAGCAAACUAUUGUAAUUCAAAAUGUGUGAUUUUAAAAUAUGUGAUAUUAGAUGUAGAUCAAGGUGCUGUAAGUUUAUGUUUACAAUAUAUGUAUGAAAUAGUUCAAAAGCUCAA